UCAUCGCGUGUGCGGUGUGCACGUGAGGAGAUAUUGGGAGGUAUCCGGGAAGUACAUAUAUAUAUAUAUUUACGCGGUUCUCGUCUAUGGACUACUGUGCACGUAUCGAUGGUGGGCAAGAAGUGUGCACGAGUCGUCUCGUGACAUACCGGGCGGUUUCAAAAAGGAGCCGUUUCACCCGUUCUCAUACGUGAUUAUGCUGUAUAGAGCUAUAUAGAUGCGCGAUCGCGCGCCGACAGUAUGUACAAGUUAUUACAUACGUUGUUAAAUCUCGCGCAUUUCCUAUGUAAUGUGUACAUCGCGAUUCGUUACACUUGUAUCGCGGCUUACCGCAAGUGUACGGAUCUCUGGUGCGCGACAACGGAGCUCGACGUGCUCCUGCGUAUGCGCGCGAAAACCAAGAAGGUACCCAGACACUUGGUGAUCGUGCUAGGACUGUGCGACGAGUCGGUCCUCGACUGUGUGCGUAUAAUUGGAUGGUGCAUUACACUUAAUAUACCUUACAUCAGCUUCUUUGACCGUAAUGGUUUCUUGAAAAAAAAUGAAGCAAAUCUUAAAGAAGAAUUUGCGAAAAAGCGGCCUGAUCUAAUAGAUCAUAUUAUUUGGAAUUCACAUACAAAACCACCUAGUCAAAAUGGAAUAACUGGCAAUAGAUCGAAAAUAAAUGUAUUAUUACUAUCUGAUACAGAUGGUAAAGGGAAAAUAGUAUCAUUAGUACAAUCAUUGACAAAAGCCGUAUGUUCAGGAAAUCUUGAUCCAGAAGAUAUUACGGAUCAACUUAUCUCUGAGAAAUUAGAUAUGAAAGGGAUGCCUAAUCCUGAUCUCGCUUUAAUAUAUGGUUACACUUGUUCCACGCAUGGUCUUCUACCAUGGCACAUAAGAACAACAGAAUUUUUAAUGUUGCCACUGUACAUUAGUAUCUCAGUGAAAGAUUUCACACAUCUACUAGAGAGAUAUAAUAAAUUCGUACAACGGUAUGGAAAAUGAUACAUAUAUAUGUAUAUGUAUAUAUAUAUAUAUAUAUAUAAAUAUAUAUAACUAUCCUUAUUUAUAUAAAAGAUACUGCAUUUCAUAAGAAAAAAUAAAUUAUCGUGAAGACUGAA